GUGAGAGGAGCCCCAAGAGAGACCAGCGAAGAGAGGUCCGCUCGGGUACGGGUCCGUCUGGAUGAAAUACAUACGAGGCAGGCUGAGAUGGAGGCAACGAGAAUAGAGCCGACACCGCCGGUCGAGCCCAAGACGAGCGAGCAGAGGAUCGACGAGUUGUGGGCUAGGUAUGAGAGCCAGAGGGAUGCAGCCCGCCAGAGGUCACAAGAGGCAGGACAGGCGGACGGAGAGACGAGUGAGCUGAGGGAGAUGGGAGACGUGGGAUUCUCCGCGACGAGGCAGGCGAUUGAGCGCAUGGAUCGGAGGGUAUGCGAGACGGCAGUCACAUCUUUCCAGUGGUAUAAUCUACUCAGCAAUGAGCUCAGGGUUAAGGAGUUGGAGGUAGAGCACCUGACUACUCAGCUUGCCGAGGAGAGGGCGAGGAGCCAAGCUAGAGAGGUUGAGUGGGAGAGGAGAUUUGGGGAGAUGGCGGCCACUGUGGAUAGGCUCUCGGCAGCCUGGGAGGCUAGCCAGAUGGGGCGAGCCGGUGCCGAUGGUCAGGGCCGAGGGGUGCAGGCUUCGCCGAGUCAGGGAGCAGCGGUGGAGGUCCCUCGACAAGCCGAGCCAAUGGAGGGGGUGCCCUUGGACGCAACCGAAGGGGAGGGUGGCGCACAGGAGUCGCUUAUGGCUAUGUCCACGCAGAGGAGAAACUCGCGUUUGCAUGAGCUGGCGGCUGCCAUGGGGAUAGGCACUCCACAGGAGGGGCCUAAGAGGCUCGACGCUCCAGAGGAUGCUCCGAGGUUGGGAGAGUUGAGGGCGGAGCUAGGCUCCUGGGCCACGGGGAUGGACUUGGGAGGACCUGACUUAGGGCAGCAGCAGCAGGAGGUCAUUAGUGAGCCCAACGCCAUGGUGGGCUCUCAGCUGUCAGGAGCAUAUGGGGAUGAGGUGGUGGUGACAGAGGGGCCUCAUGAAGAGGGCCCUCGAGGGUUGGAUAUGCCAGACUGCAGGCCAGUGAGCACAGCCGCACGAGGGAGUGAGGGUGCUGAGGCUAUGAAGCCCGGACCUAAGGGCCAUAUGGGAUUGCCCUCGUGUCAUUAGGUGACUACUGAAACCAUGGGGACACCUUCAACAUCGAGUUCG